AUGCGUGAGAAAUCCUGUUUACCAUACAAACACGAAGAUGAUUACAAUAAAGAUAGUGACUAUGAUGAUGAUGACGAUGAUGACUAUGAUGAGGAUAAUGAUGAUGCUGAUGAUGACGAUGAUGAUGGUGAUGGAGAAGAAGAUGAUGAAUCAGAAGAUGAAGAAAAAGAUGAUGAAGAAAAAGAUGAUGAAGAAAAAGAUGAUGAAUCAGAAGAUGAAGAAGAUGAUGAUGAUGAAGAAGAAGAUAAUAAGGACUACGAUGAUGAUGGUGAUGAAUCAGAAGAUGAAGAAGAAGAUGAUGAAGAAGAAGAUAAUGAAUCAGAAGAUGAAGAAGAUGAUGAUGAAGAAAAAGAUGAUGAAGAAGAAGAUGAAGAAGAAGGAGAAAAAGAAAAAGAUGAUGACGAAGAAGAAGAGGGCGAUAAUUCAUCGUUUCAGCAAAAUAUUCAUGGGCAUGUACACGGGCGAUAA